GUCGCCGUGUCGCUCUCCAGUCGAGGCUCGGGGCUCGUGCAGGCACGGACUCUGAUACCGCUGCGGCGCGCACGAAGCGAGAGCCGAGGUCUGUUGGGGUGCUCCCAAGACUCGGACGCGGAGGAGGCGGAGGCACCGGGACGGUCAGCCAUGGAGGCCGCUCCGACCGGCCGCCGGCGGCGCACCUGGUGGGAUCAAAUGGUGGCCACCGUCCGGCGCAACGUCACCAUCAAACUGAGACAGAAACGACGCACUACGGUGGAGGUGUUCAUGCCCAUCUACAUCUUCGCGAUCCUGGCUAUUGUGCGCGCUGUGCAGCCGGAGACCUCCUACCAGGCGGUCGUCUCCGAGCACGGGUCCGCCGUGGUCACCGGCCCCCUCUCGGCGGCACCCACUCUCCAACUCCAUGUCACCCCUGACGGGACGGCCCAGCGGGAGUUUGGCCGCCGGUUGGCGGCGCGACUGAACACGUCUGUUGAGUACCACGCCACGGAGGCGGAGCUCGAGCAGCUGAGCGCUGCACUGCCGGCCCAGCAGGUAGUGGCCGGUCUGGUGCUACCCCCAGAGCCGGGCACGAGGGACCUCGAGUAUACAAUCCGCACCGAUCCGAGACUGAUGCUGAGUGUAGCCAGGUGGGCCAGCGUGGGUCAGUGCCGCGGCCAGGGCGCCGAGGAAGGCCUGGAGAACCCGGCCACCUGCCCGACCAACGACUACUUCUACAGCGGCUUUCUGCAGCUGCAGAGUCACAUCGACGCACUCAUGAUGGAGGACCAAUCCAAGCAGAUGGUGCCAGUGACGAACCUUACGAUGCUGAAUGGGCCGAAACACGAGGAAUCCACAGACAGCUCGGAGUUUCUGCGCAUUUUCGUGCCCCUGUAUAUGGCGAUCUCGCUGUCUCAAUUUAUCACCUACCUGUUGACUUUGAUCGUCGGAGAAAAGGAGGCCAAGAUCAAGGACGGUCUGAAGCUGAUGGGUCUCCGAGAUUCAGUCUAUUGGUUCUCCUGGUUCGUGGUGUACGCCGUAUAUGUGUUCGUCGUGGCCAGCAUCUGCAUUGCCAUAAUGGUGCUGAGCAACGUGUUCCCCUACUCAAACAACGCCUACAUCUACCUGGUCUACGUGCUGUACGGCUGGUCGCUCGUCAUGUUCGGCUUCAUGCUCACUCCGUUCUUCACCAAGGCCAAGGUGGCCGGCGGUGUGGGUAACCUGGCCGUGACCGUGGUCUCGCUGCUGUUCCUGCUCCAAGUCUACCUGGAAGGAAUGCCUCACGGCGUGUACUGGCUCAUGUCUCUCAUCAGUCCGGUGGCCUUUACACUGGGCAUUGAUAGGGCGGUGGACUUUGACAAUCGGAAGAUCGGCCUGCACAGCUUCAACAUGUGGGACGACAGCGGCGGGCUGCCGUUCGGCGGCUGCAUCGUCAUGUUGUGCGUGGACAUUGUGCUCUACGCCUUCCUGGCCUUCUACUUGGACAACGUCCUGCCCAAUGAAUACGGCCGUCGGGAGUCGGUGUUUUUCAUUUUCAAGAAGUCUUACUGGUUCGGUUCGAACAAAUCACUGCUGCUGGCUGACAUGGACGGCGACCACGCGGCGCUGGACGGUCAGGACUCGAGUCCCGACGUCGAGCCCGUCUCCGGAGAGGUGAAGCAGAAGCUGGCGCUGCGAGUGUUCGGCCUGCGGAAGGAGUUCACCAACAACAAGAAGAAGGUGGUGGCCGUGAAUGACCUGAGCCUGGACAUGUACGAAGGACAGAUCACCGCCAUCUUGGGGCACAACGGGGCCGGCAAGACAACAUUCUUCAACAUGUUGACCGGCCUGACGACGCCCACCAGCGGCACGGCUUCCAUCUAUGGACUGGACAUCACUGACCCGGGUGACCUCCGCGACCUGUGGGGGAUGAUCGGCCUCUGCCCUCAGCACGACAUUCUGCUGGAUGACCUGACUCCGCGGGAACACCUCGGGUUUAUCGCCACACUCAGGGGUAUCCCACCGGAGCGUGUUCAGGCUGAGAUAAACUCGACUCUGGCCGACGUUGACCUCCUAGAGAAGGCUGACGAGGUGGUGCGAGGCCUGUCCGGCGGCCAGAAACGCAAACUCUCCGUUGGUCAAGCGCUGGUGGGUGACCCCCGCAUCAUCAUCCUGGACGAGCCGACGGCCGGCGUCGAUCCGUACUCGCGGCGCCACCUCUGGAGUCUGCUGCAGCGACGCAAACACGGCCGCCUGAUGCUGCUCACCACCCACUUCAUGGACGAAGCCGACAUCCUGGCCGAUCGGAAGGCGAUCGUUUCGGCCGGCAAACUGCGCUGCUGCGGCUCGUCCAUGUUCCUGAAGAAUCGCUUCGGACUCGGCUAUCACCUCACCAUCGUGCAGGGCUCCACGCCGUGUCUGGAGGCUGUGGACAAGAUCAUCGUGUCGUACAUACCGACAAGGGAGCGAGGCAGGGCGCACGGCAACGAGCUCACAUUCGUACUACCCAUGGCGUCGGUGGGCCGGUUUCCGGAGCUGUUUGCUGAACUGGAGAAGCAGCAGGAGACGCUGGGAGUGCAGAGUUUUGGCGUCUCGCUCACCACACUGGAGGAGGUAUUCCUGCACCUGGCCGAGACGGAGGACCACUCGGCUGACUCCGAGCCUCUGUCGGCCGUCACCCGAACGGUGCUGAACCAGCGGGCCAGCCUGGGCAGCGCGGAGCACUCGCGGUCCUCGCAGCAGGCCGUCGGCCGUCCGCCCAGCCUGCCCUCGCCGGGAGGCGGCGGGGAUGGCCCUGACUCCAUCCCCCUCUCCGACGUGCCCCGGGCCGCGCACACCGCCGAGCCGCCGGCGGUGCCGCUGCAGCCGUCCUGGCAGCGCGCCAUGGCCGCUCUGAUCCGCAUCCGAAUUCUGUCCUUCAUCCGCGUACCUGCCGCGAUCUUCUUUAUCCUGAUCAUGCCGGCGGCCAUGAUGAUCGGGGGACUGAUGAUCAACCGCGGCUCGAGCGGCUCUAGUGGCGGCCCGGCGCAGGUGCCGCUCCAUCCGACACUCUACCCCGGCUACUCCCUGCUCUACCACACGGAGUCGGGCGCUGCUCUGGACCCGGCGGUGCUGCGUGGAUGGGGCCUGCCGGCGGACAGCUUCAACGGCUCAUACCGGGCGCUGCUCAAUAACUCCGUACUGGCCGGGCUGAAUGUGACUAGUGCCGGUGAGGCGGCGGUGGUUCUGCAUGAUCAGGCCAUCCACUCGCCGGCUGUCGUGCUGAACGCCAUCAACAACGGAAGACUCAGUCAGCUGCUGCAGUCUGCGUUCAACUCCUCCGCGGCUCUGUCGGUGACCUCCCAUCCUCUACCCAGCGGCGUGACGCUGGACUUUGACUCGAGCGUGUUCUUUUCGUCGUUCAUGGUGGGCUUUCUGUUUCUGAUGGUGCCCUGCAGUAUCGCUGGAGAGCUGGUGCAGGAGAGAGAGCUCAAGAUCCGGAACCAGCUCCGAGUGAACGGCCUCAGCUUCACCACCUACUUCCUGUCGUUCUUCAUCGUAGUCUUCGGCCUGUUCUUCGCCCUGUGGGUCAUCAUGCUGAUCGUGGUACAGGCUGCCGACGUCACCCUGCUGAAGCCCAUGCCGGCCUUCUCCAUGCUGGCUGUGCUCUAUCUGGAGUACAUCUUCGUCGGCUUGCUGUUCGCCAGCAUCGUCUCCUACAUGUUCGACAAGCUGGAGACCUCCAUGUCCGUCUAUCCCAACGUGGCCAUCAUGUGCGGCAUGCUGCCCUACAUGCUGGUCUCCCUGCUGGACUCACUGCUGCCCGACUCUGGUGUGGCCCUGCCGCUUCACUACGUGUUCUGCCUGAUCGAUCCGUUCUACAUCCCAUGUGGUGCGCUCUACUAUCUGUCUAAGACGUACAUCAUGGUGAGACUCCUUGAGCAGCGAGACGUGGAGGCGGCCGACUACUGGGCGGCUCCCGAGUUUCUGGUGCCGCUACUGGUGCAGCUGGUGCAGAUCCCGCUGCUCUGGCUGGUGCUGCGGCGCGUCGACGCCAAGAAGAACGCGCACAACGACCAGCCCGGCUGCCUGGCGCGCAGGAAACACACCCGUGACGCAGCAGAGAUGGAGGAGGGCCCUGCUGCGGACGGCGGAGAGCCCGAUCAGGACGUACUGGCAGAACGGGAGCGGGUGGACCGCAUCAUGGACGGCUCCUGGACCGGCCCGGCGCCCGUCAUUGCUGCUCAGAACCUAUGUAAGCUGUACAGAUCUCACGACAAGUCUGAGAAGUCUGCCGGCGGCGACGGCGUUCUGCAGGCGGUGGGCGACGUCAGUUUCGCCGUGAAUGCCGGCGAGGUUUUCGGACUUUUGGGGCCGAACGGAGCGGGGAAGACGACCUGUAUGAGGAUGGUUAUCGCCGAGGAGGCGCCCACACGCGGGAAGAUUCAGGUGGCCGGUACGCCCAUCACGGACAGUCUCUCCGAGGCGUUCCAGAUGGUCGGCUACUGUCCCCAGUUUGACGCCCUCUGGAAGUACAUCACCGUCGAGGAGCACCUCAAAUGUUUUGCGCAGAUUCGCGGCGUCUCCCCGCAGGACUCCCAGCGUAUCGCCAACCACUACAUCGAAGGCCUCCAGAUCGCCGAGCACUCCAAGAAACGCAGCCACGUCUGCUCGGGUGGUACACGUCGCAAACUCAGCUACGCGCUCAGCAUGCUGGGAGAGCCCCGCAUCGUCCUACUAGACGAGCCCUCCACUGGUAUGGACCCGCAGUCGAAGCGCUUCCUCUGGGAUACGAUCGCGGCCGGGUUCCGCGCGGAGCGAGGCGCCAUACUGACGACACACUCCAUGGAGGAGGCGGACGCACUCUGCACACGGCUGGGGAUCAUGGUUCGCGGCAACCUCAGGUGCCUCGGCUCGACACAGCACCUGAAGAACAAGUACGGCGGCGGCUACAUGCUGGAGAUGAAGCUGGGUGCCGGUGAUGACCUCUCUGACCGCAUCGCUGAGGCCCGCCGGCUGGUGAGCGAGGUGUUCCCCGCGGCCAUCCUCGAGGAGAGCUACGGCGAGCGGCUGCGCUACAAGAUACCACAGCAGGACGUCGGCAGUCUCUCCAAGGGUUUCUCAGAGAUGGAAGCAGGUCAGUUCUCCCCCGGGAACUGUUUCCGUCGGCCCUCCGCCGUGGAAAACGCCGAUCGGAGGCGAAUUGUGGCAGCGGAGGCGGAGGAAAUGGCUGGAGACAGCGCCUCAGGCGGCCGUGUGCU